AUGGCCAGUAGAAAUAACGUGACUGAGUUGAUUAUCACCGGCCUUUUCCAGGAUCCAGAGGUGCAGAGAGUAAGCUUUGUGGUGUUUCUUCCAGUGUACCUGGCCACGGUGGUGGGCAAUGGCCUCAUCGUGUUGACGGUCAGAGUCAGCAAGAGUCUGCAUUCCCCCAUGUACUUCUUCCUUAGCUACUUUUCCCUGGUGGAGAUAAUUUACUCCUCUACUGUUGUCCCUAAGUUCAUCACUGACUUACUCACCAAGAUUAAAACCAUCUCUCUGGAGGGCUGUUUGGUUCAGAUAUUCUUCUUCCACUUCUUUGGUGUGACAGAAACUCUUCUACUCACAGUGAUGGCUUAUGACCGCUAUGUGGCCAUCUGCAAACCCCUGCACUAUACAACCAUCAUGAGCCAGACUGCGUGUCACCUUCUGCUGGCUGGUUCCUGGCUGGGGGGCAUAAUUCACUCCAUGGUUCAGAUCCUUGUCGCUAUCCAAUUGCCCUUCUGUGGCCCCAAUGUAAUUGACUACUACUUUUGUGACCUCCAUCCCCUAUUCAAGGUUGCCUGCAUUGACACCUUUGUGGAGGGUGUUAUUGUGUUGGCUAACAGUGGCUCAAUCUCUGUCAUAUCCUUCGUCAUCUUGGUGUCCUCUUAUAUUGUCAUCUUGGUCCACUUGAGGAACCAUUCUGCAGAGGGGAGGCGCAAAGCUCUCUCCACCUGUGCCUCCCACAUCAUGGUAGUCACCUUGUUCUUUGGACCUUGCAUGUUCCUCUAUAUGAGACCCUCUUCUACUUUCACUGCGGAUAAGCUGGUGGCCAUUUUCUACACAGUCUUCACCCCCAUGCUGAACCCUAUCAUCUACACACUCAGAAAUGCAGAGGUGAAAAAUGCUAUGAGAAGGUUGUGGGGCAAGAAAGUGAAUCAGGAAAAUAAAAUGUGA